GUUGACUACAAGAAUUUAAAAAAUAAGUUAACAUUAUCGUAAUCGUAAAGAGAAACAAACGGAAGAGGAGCCGCACCGCAGCAGCACACACACCGCAGCUUUGAUGACAAAACGGCGAGCUUCACCGAACGUACUACCAUCCCUCACUCACUCUCCAUCCUAAUCUCAUUUAUCACUCCCAAAAUCAAAUACUCGUUAGGGUUCAUCCUAUGUACUACUGAAAGCUAGGGUUCUUUCUCUACUCCCACACUCUUCUCUGUACAAACCCCCCCUUCGGUGUGAAAGCUUGCUCAACGGACCGGCCUCAACCUUUCUGAACAACAGACCACUCUGCCAUUAACCAAAGUGAAGCUUAAGGCUCUAGGGAGUUAGAUGAGCGGAAGUGGCAGAAAGCUAUCAUCAAACUGGGAUUCAAGAGAUGAACCUGAGUUUGCAUCCGAGAGUGUUACUAAUAGCAAUAGUUCAAGGUUUUUGGAAAGAAAUGAUAUGCUAAACUCCAGAAUGGGAUUUUCACGCAUGGAACCUUUUUCUGGAGGCAGAGGUUCAAAUAAGGAUGAUGUUGGGAGCGAAGACUACAAAGUUUUGGAUGCUACAAAUGCACAAGAUACUGAUGGAAGUUACAAUAUGAAAACGUCUCCAGGGUUUGAGGAAUGGAAAAUUAGGAAGCAUAGUCAAUAUUCAAAAAAUGAUUACGGCAGGAGAAGUAGGAGCCAGAGCCGGAGUCCUUCACGUGGUUUUAGGUAUUCAGAUGUCGAUGAUCGGAACAGAAUUAGGGCUGGCAGAUCGACAAAACCUUGUAGAGAUUUUGCUGUUGGGAACUGUAGAAGAGGCAGCCAUUGCCAUUUCCUUCACCAUGAUAACCAAAGUUGUGAGGAUAGCAGGGAAAGUAGACACAGGCAAGAUGGACCCAGAUAUUCUAAUCCCCGUGAGAGUGGGGAUUAUUCUAUUGCAGAUCGAAGAUCUAAUGAAGCUUGUAUUAAUUUUGAAAAGGGAAGGUGUAGAACGGGAGAAUCAUGCAGGUUUGUCCAUCAUGGCAAAUCCAAUGGGUUUGAUAAAGUUUCCACAUAUGAAUCAUCUAGGGAAAGGGAAGUUGAUAGAAGACACAUGGAUAGUUCAUUCAAGCAGGAGGGCCAACACUAUCCAAACCACAAGAGUAAUAUUCCUUGCAAAUAUUUUGCUCUUGGAAAUUGUCUUUACGGUAAAGAUUGUAGGUUUUCUCAUGAUAGACACUCAUUUACUAGCCCUAGAUUAAGGGAUGAUAGAUCAAGGAGUAAUCAAGGUGAAGAUCAAGUGUUGGAUAGACAAAAAAUGAGCGAUUCAGUUACUCCUAAUGAAAGGCCAAGGGAUGAUAGAUGGGUUUCAGAUGGCAGUAUGGCUGGUGUAGAUAAAGUUUGGGAUGGUCCAAAGCAAAAUGAUUUAGUCGCUGUCUCUGAUACUGCAAAGCUGGUUGAAGACAAAAAAAUUAUAAGCGCUCCCGAACCUGGAUUAAUGACUUGGCCAAUGAAUGAUGGAUUGGAUUAUAGCUUAAACCAGAACAGAGUGCAUAAUGAAUCACCGUUUUCAAUUGUUUCAAUUGAUAAGAAAGAAGCCAACUGUCGGACUGAAGAAAAUGCAGUUGACAACAUUCUCCUUUCUCAGUCACUAGGUGGAGCUGGAGGCAUUUGGCCUGGUGAUGAAAAAAUGUCUCCUGAUUGGAAUUAUGGUUCGAGAUCAUCCAGCCAUAUUAAAGACGAGGAUGGGCAUAAUAAGCAUCAAGUUGCUCGAGGUCAAGGACUAAAUCAGAAUGCUCAGAACAUAACUGCUUCCCACGUGGUUGGACAGAGUCAAGCAACAGUUUCCAUUGUUCCUCCGAGAGCAAGAAUUAUUGAAGGUAUACAGAACCAGGAACUCUUCACUGAGAAAAACUACAUUGUAGAACCAAAUAUCACGAAUGCAAGCCUAUCACACACCAGUUCAGUAAAUACUCCAACUCAGAACGUAGUCAGCAAAGAACAACUUGCUCAACUUAGCUGCCUCUCGGCCUCUCUCGCACAUAUCCUUGGAACUAAUCAUCAGCUUUCACAACUUCAUUCUACUUUAAAUUUUUGUGACGCAAAGGACACUCUCGUCGUAAACAAAAUUGAAGGGUCUGGUAAUCCUGUUUCCAUGACAUUCAUCAAACCAGAUUCUGCUAUUGGAUUGAAGCAGUAUGAUCCAAUCCAUGAUAGUAUGGAGCCCAAUAAUAUCAAUGCAAGUGGGGUCUCUCCAACCUUUUCUCCCAGUAUGAAGAUUGCAAAAAAUGCAGUGGUAAUUCCACCACUGUUAUCUAACCCGGGAAUUUUUUUUGACGAUUCUUGUAAAAAGGAGACUAACAAAAUGGUAGCUGAACUAAAGGCAAGCUCUCAAGCUGAAAAUAAAAUUACAGAAGAAAAUAGUCCUUUGGAAAACAUGGACCAAGAUGAUGGACCUGAUGAGGCCAAGAAAACAAAGGAUGUAAAGGGGAUUCGUGCAUUUAAAUUUUCAUUGGUAGAGCUCACUAAGGAGAUUCUGAAACCAACAUGGAAAGAUGGUAAAAUCACCAAAGAAGAUUAUAAAGCAAUUGUGAAGAAAGUUACUGAGAAAGUAACCGGUACAGUACCGCGGGUACAUAUUCCUCAGACACAAGAGAAAAUUGAACGCUACUUAUCAGUAUCAAAACCAAAGCUUAACAAACUUGUACAGGUCAGUGGUGGUUCUCUUACAGAUUUCAUAUGUAUGAAGGAUUCAAAAUCUAGUCUCCAAUUUAACUUGGUUUUAUAGAUGAAUGUGAGUAUGCAUGCAGCUUCAGAAACCAUUGAAUUUUCUAGAAGGCUUAAUUUGGAUGUGGAAAGACUUGUAGGAUAGUUUUCAAAAAAAGAGAUUAAAUUUUGUACCUAGGUGUUCAUUUGUGCUAUAGAUUUUAUAUAUGUAACUAUACUUCAUCAUUUGUGCUAUAGAUUUUAUAUAUGUAACUAUACCCUUGAUUUUUUUGAAAAAUUACACCUACCUUAUUCUCAGUAGUGUUCUUGCACGAACAUUUUUUUAUUAAAUGAAAAUACACAUUAUUUCUCCUAUUUAAAUGGACGGAUUAUAAAUUAAUUUUCUAUAGGAUCUGUUUGGUUCGAACAAGGGAAGUGAUUUUAGUGGAGGGAAGGAGAGGAAAGAUUAAUGAGAUAUCUUGUUUGGAACGGGAGGCGAGAAAUUUAAUGAGAUAAUUUUGUUUGGUUAUAGGAAUGGGAGAGAUUUUAAUGCAGAAAAAAAUGCUUAUUCACAUUUUAAACUCUUGUAAUAUUUAAUGUAAGGUUGUUUUGGUCAAUACUUUUAAGAGUUUAUAAACACCUCUCCUUUCCAAACCCUUCUGAUAUUGAAGUGGAGCUAAAGUUGUCUGAGGAUUUUGUUUCUGCCUACACUCUCCUCUGAAAUAAUUCAACAAAAAAACUAAAUUUAAAAUGGUCCUUCCUCUCAACCAAACAAACAGACCCUUAAAUGUAACAAAGCUAUGGAGGCUGGUGUAAUUUUUCAAACAAGAAGAGUAUCCUUGUAAAUAAUGUGAACUUCAAUAAAAGCCAGUAUAACUACUCCUUAAAUAUAUUGUCAAAAAAAUGAACAUUAAAUUCGUUCUUGGGUCCUUUUCUUAAGUAGCUUUUUAUUUCCUAACUUAAUUAUUUUGUUGAUUUAACUAAUAACCUACUCUUUUUCCCCCAGAAAAUUAGAACGUCUCUUUCAAAAUAAAGUCUUGUCUUAUAAUUAUUCUCUUUUUGUGCAGGCAUAUGUGGAAAAGGUUCAGAAGGCUUAGUGCAAGUAUAGAAAGUUGGCUGUGUAAUAUUGUUCACUAUUUACUAUAUUUUGCUUAUUACUGUUUUCAUUUUUGUCUGUCUGUUGCAAGUAGUUUUCUGCCCUAGAUCAUCAGUUGAUGUACUAUAAUUGAAUAAAUCAAGCAGCUGUUGUAUAAAUAUAAACUCGAGUAUUUUAAGUGUAAUGUUGUGCUAACGUUAGUUUACAGCCCCAACAUCAGGCAAUUGUUAUUUUUAUGUUACCUGUUUGAUGCAAUCGUGGGAAGAGACGCCAUUUUCUCUUAGAAAUAAUGGGAAACAAACAGUUAUUUUUGGGUU